CAAGUCACUCGGGCGUAUUAUUACAUAUGUUAACGUUUAAAACCGUACCAUGGGUGUUUCCAAAGAAAUUAAUCUACAACACCAAUUAUUGACAAAUAACGAUAAGGAUAAAACAGAUGAUCAAGCUACCACAUCAAAUAUAAAGAAUGGCGAAAAUACCAAAAGAACGAAAUGGAAAAGAGGAAUAGAGUUUCUGCUUUCACUCGUUGGAUACAGUGUUGGGUUGGGCAAUAUCUGGAGAUUUCCGUACCUGUGUGCUAAAAAUGGCGGAGCCGUUUUCCUAAUUCCGUAUCUGAUUUUUAUGAUAUUGAUAGCAUUUCCACUGACUUUUAUGGAAUUGACGCUUGGGCAGUUUUCUGGUAAGAGUGCCUACGAUGUUUGGAAUAUUUGUCCGGCGCUAAGAGGAUUGGGCGUGUCCAUGAGCUGUGUGGCUGGGAUGUGCAGUCUGUAUUAUAAUACUAUUCUUGCAUGGAUAUUAUACUACCUGGUCCAUUCCUUCAUGUCACCUCUACCAUGGACAACUUGUGGAAAUACUUGGAAUAGUGACACCUGCUUUGUACGAAAUAAAGAAAAUGUAUCGGAAUCGAACCAUACCUAUUAUACAAAUGGAACUGUAUCAAAUAUCCAGAACAUGUCAAAUAAGUUCCAUACUGCCCCAGAAGAAUUUUGGAAUAACAACCUACUUGUGAUAUCGAGUGGAUUGGGUGAUUUUGGCACCAUGCAGUGGCAUCUAGUAGUUGCUCUAAUUGUAGCUUGGGUUAUAAUAUGGCUCUGUAUAAUCAAAGGUGUAAAAUCAGUUGGGAAGGUUGUGUAUGUGACAGCAACCUUCCCAUAUCUCAUCCUACUAAUAUUAUUAGUAAGGGCGCUUACACUACCUGGUGCAAUGAAAGGUAUACAGUUUUACAUGAUUCCAGAUUUCAGUAAACUUCUAUACAUUCAGGUAUGGACAGAAUCCCUACUGCAGAUGUUUUUCUCAAUGGGAAUGGGAUGGGGUGUAUUCAUCACAAUGGCCAGUUAUAAUAAAUUUAACCAUAAUGUCAUGAGAGAUACUAUUAUAUAUUGUUUUGCUGGAGAAGGUACAAGUUUCUUGGCUGGAUUCGUUGUUUUUUCCGUGCUUGGUUUUAUGUCUCAUGAAACUGGACUGGACAUCGUUGAUAUUAUUAGAACAGGUCCGGGUCUGGUAUUUAUUGCCUAUCCUGAAGCGCUAAGUCAACUUCCAAUACCACAGUUAUGGGCAGUUCUUUUCUUCUUGAUGCUCACACUGGUAGCCUUGGACACAAUGUUUGUUGAUGUAGAAGUAUGUGUAACAACUAUAGUUGAUCUGAUACCAAAACCCACAGCUAGAAUAAGGUUGAUAGUGACCAGUUCUACAUGCUUCUGUAUGUUUCUUGUAUGCUUGAUAUAUACCACACAGGCAGGUAUUUAUGUUUUUCAACUAGCAGACUGGUAUUUUGCAGCUAUCACUCUCCAUUUGAUUACCAUUUUAGAGUGCAUUGCUAUAGGAUGGAUAUACGGUGCUGAUAGAUAUUUUGGUGACAUAGAAUUGAUGUUAGGAAAACGUCCACCUAUACUGUUAAAAUAUAUUUGGUGCUUUAUCAUACCAAUUAUUCUGACCGUAAUUUUACUGUUCACACUGAUCAAAUAUGAACUACCUACAUAUAAUGACUAUCAUUACCCAACCUAUGCUACAGGUAUAGGAUGGUUUGUGGCUAUUAUAUCUGCAUUACCUAUACCAAUCUGGAUGGUAAAGGAAAUACUAGGACAAAAAGGUACUUUGGUUCAGAGAAUCAAAAAUUCAUUUAAACCGAAUGAAAGAUGGGGUCCAGCCAAAGAAUACAGGCUAACAAAUCAGUAUGCAGAGUCUAGUAUAUGACAAUAUUAUCUUACCCUAGGGAUGGCCAACCUUGGGCGCAUGCGCCAAACAGGAAGCAUCGGAUGAUCCCUGUAAUGAUAAUAAAGUAGGGCAGUAAGCCUACUCAUUUUUUUUAGCAAUGUUUUGUUUUUAUUAUUUCGUGCACAUUCUAUUUAGCGAAUGUUAUGUUCUUUCACAUUAAUAUGUUUUCAGUUUAAACAAUAUGCCCAAUGAAUCAAACUAUCGUCCCAUCUAUAAAAACAUAUUUUUUCAAGAUGUAUGACGGGGUUACAUUUGAAUUCGUGUAUGACACGUGGUAUGCAAAAGGUGGGCCACUUAGACUAUAAUUCGAAUUAAGGGAAAUAUACUGAUAUUAAGUAAUCUUUGAUGUUUUAUUGUUAUCAUGAUACUCCUUUAAUUGAUAUAUUCAAAAAAAGUAGGGGAUAUUCAGAAACAAUACAAAAAUGCGGAAAUGCAAUGCUGUUUUUAUAAGAGGUAACCAGUGUAUGUUAAUAACAGGCCAAUUGCCUACACAUGAACAUAAACAGUUCAUAUGGGCGGCUUAUCUGACGGCCCCAUUUCACUCGCAAAGAGAUACACUGUCAAAAGUGAAAAUGGACGUUUUUGAUUUUUGUCUUAAUAAUGAGUAAUUGCUCCUCCAAUCCUCAGACAUUCAGCAAUUCGCCAUGGUAUGCUCCUAAUCAACCGUCCAAUCACGAUUUGGAGCAAUCUGACCCACUCCUCUUGCAGUGCCACUGCCAAUUCAUGAGUGUUGUCGGUUGACGUUGACGUCGACGAACACGUUUACCGACCAAAUUAAACGUACACACUAAAGCAAGAUACGCUAAACAGUAAAUCUUAUGCAAGGACCGAUAUGAAAGCAAACAUGGAUAGAAUAAACAAGCAAGCGGCGGUUUUCAUCAACCCUUCCUUGAAGUGUCAAAUUUGACAAUGAACCCCUCCCACGUGUGUGGCGCUAUUGCGUGUCGCACAUGCAGCUCAGUGGUUCUGUUGGGGCGAUAAGUUCUUCGUCUGUGAACAUACUUUCAAAGCAUGUCAAGUGUCCAUGACUAUUUAUCAUAUCACAACCUGCAUAGGUAUUCGCAUUUCAAUAUCCCCUACUUUUUUUGAAGAGUAUAUUUCAAGUUAGACUCAAGAGUUACAUUUAUUUUAAUAUUACAUGUAUAAUAUUAUUAUAUUUAUAGGCACAUUUAAUUAUUGUUUAACAUUAUUAUGUUUAUCUAAUAAUCAAACAAAUAUGUGCAUUUAUUUAUCAGUUAUUUUGAUCUAAAUGUAAGUUUCAGAAAAUUAGAUUUAUAUUACUUAAAUAAUCAAAUAAAUGUAAGAGAUUUUAUUUA